UUAGAGGGCUGUCGCUAACCACGUGGGUUGAGCUGUCCCGCGCGGCAGUAAAAGGAGGCGAACCUCGAUUUUGGCGGUAUCCAUCGUGGGCAGCGGACUAGUAAAGGUCAUGGCACCGGCGGAAAUCUUGAACGGGAAGGAGGUCUCCACGCAAAUAAGGCAGCGACUGAAGAACGAGGUCACUCAGAUCACGGAGCAAGUACCUGGUUUCACACCAGGCCUGGCAAUAUUACAGGUUGGCAACAGAGAUGAUUCCAAUCUUUAUAUAAAUGUGAAGCUGAAGGCUGCAGAAGAGAUUGGGAUCAAAGCCACUCACAUUAAGUUACCAAGGACUGCCACAGAAUCUGAGGUGUUAAAGUACAUUAAAUCUUUGAAUGAAGACCUCAGCAUACAUGGGUUCAUAGUACAGCUGCCUUUAGACUCGGAGAAUCCCAUCAACACUGAAGCAGUGGUCAACGCUAUUGCUCCAGAAAAGGACGUGGAUGGAUUGACUCACAUCAGUGCCGGAAAACUUGCUAGAGGUGACCUAAAUGACUGUUUCAUCCCUUGUACACCUAAAGGAUGUUUGGAACUCAUCAAAGGGACAGGGGUACAGAUUGCUGGGAGGCACGCUGUGGUGGUCGGGCGCAGUAAGAUAGUCGGUGCCCCCAUGCAUGACUUGCUUCUGUGGAACCAUGCCACAGUGACUACCUGCCACUCCAAGACUGCCAACCUGGACGAGGAGGUAAGUAAAGGUGACAUCCUGGUGGUUGCAACAGGUCAGCCUGAGAUGGUGAAGGGGGAAUGGAUCAAACCUGGGGCCAUCGUCAUCGACUGUGGGAUCAAUUAUGUCCCAGACAACACUAAACCGAAUGGGAAGAAACUUGUGGGCGACGUGGCGUACAGGGAGGCCAGGGAGAGGGCGGGCUUCAUCACCCCUGUGCCUGGUGGCGUUGGGCCCAUGACGGUGGCAAUGCUAAUGCAGAGCACAGUAGAGAGUGCAAAGCAUUUCCUGGAGAAAUUGAAGCCAGGAAAGUGGCCGAUUCAGUAUAUCAAGCUUAACCUCAAGACACCUGUUCCUAGUGACAUUGACGUAUCACGAUCCUGCAAGCCAAAGCCCAUUGGUCACCUGGCUCAAGAAAUCGGUCUGCUCUCUGAAGAGGUGGAACUGUAUGGGGAAACAAAGGCCAAAGUUCUGCUGUCGGUGCUGAACCGCCUGAAGCAGCAACCCAAUGGAAAAUACGUGGUGGUGACUGGGAUAACUCCAACCCCCCUGGGAGAAGGGAAGAGCACGACCACCAUCGGGCUGGUGCAAGCCCUGGGUGCCCACCUCCAGCAGAACGUCUUUGCGUGUGUGCGGCAGCCUUCGCAGGGUCCCACCUUUGGAAUAAAAGGUGGCGCUGCAGGUGGUGGCUACUCUCAGGUCAUUCCUAUGGAAGAGUUUAAUCUGCACCUUACUGGUGACAUCCAUGCCAUCACUGCAGCUAAUAACCUCGUGGCCGCCGCCAUUGAUGCCCGGAUAUUCCAUGAACUAACCCAGACUGAUAAGGCUCUCUUUAAUCGUUUGGUACCAUCAAUAAAUGGAGUGAGAAAGUUCUCUGAUAUCCAAAUCCGAAGGUUACGGAGACUAGGUAUUGAGAAGACCGAUCCUACCACACUGACAGAUGAAGAGAUAAACAGAUUUGCUAGGUUGGAUAUUGAUCCAGAAACCAUAACCUGGCAAAGAGUGUUGGAUACCAAUGAUAGAUUCCUGAGGAAGAUCACAAUUGGACAGGCUCCAACAGAGAAAGGGCACACACGGAUGGCCCAGUUUGAUAUCUCGGUGGCCAGUGAAAUCAUGGCUGUCCUGGCGCUCACCAGUUCCCUAGAAGACAUGAGAGAGAGACUGAGCAAAAUGGUGGUGGCGUCCAGCAAGAAAGGGGAGCCCAUCAGUACAGAAGAUCUGGGGGUGAGCGGUGCAUUGACCGUCCUCAUGAAGGAUGCAAUCAAGCCCAAUCUCAUGCAGACAUUAGAGGGCACUCCAGUGUUUGUUCAUGCCGGACCGUUUGCUAACAUCGCGCACGGGAAUUCCUCUAUCAUUGCAGACCGGAUUGCACUCAAACUUGUUGGCCCUGAAGGAUUUGUAGUGACUGAAGCAGGAUUCGGAGCAGACAUUGGAAUGGAGAAAUUUUUUAACAUCAAAUGCCGAUAUUCUGGUCUCCGCCCUCAUGUGGUGGUGCUUGUUGCCACUGUCAGGGCUCUUAAGAUGCACGGAGGCGGCCCCACGGUAACUGCUGGGCUGCCUCUUCCCAAGGCUUACAUAGAGGAGAACCUGGAGCUGGUUGAAAAAGGCUUCAGUAACUUGAAGAAACAAAUUGAAAAUGCGAGGAUGUUCGGAGUUCCAGUAGUGGUGGCCGUCAAUGCAUUCAAGACAGAUACAGAGACCGAGCUGGACCUCGUCAGCCGCCUUGCCAAAGAACAUGGGGCUUUUGACGCCGUGAAAUGUACUCACUGGGCAGAAGGGGGCAAGGGCGCCCUAGCCCUGGCUCAGGCUGUCCAGAGAGCAGCUCAGGCACCCAGCAGCUUCCGGCUCCUUUAUGACCUCGAGCUUCCAGUUGAGGAUAAAAUCAGGAUCAUUGCACAGAAGAUCUAUGGGGCAGAUGACAUUGAGUUGCUCCCUGAAGCUCAGCACAAGGCAGAAGUCUACACAAAGCAGGGCUUUGGGAAUCUGCCCAUCUGCAUGGCCAAAACACACCUGUCCUUGUCUCAUAAUCCAGAGCAGAAAGGUGUGCCUACCGGCUUCAUUCUGCCCAUUCGUGACAUCCGUGCCAGCGUUGGGGCAGGUUUUCUGUACCCCCUCGUAGGAACGAUGAGCACAAUGCCUGGACUCCCUACCCGGCCCUGUUUCUAUGACAUUGACUUGGACCCUAAAACUGAACAGGUGAAUGGGCUCUUCUAAACAGGUUGUUCAUCUUCAAGAAACUACUUUGAAAGUUAGGCCACUGUAUAUUUGGCCUACUGUCAGGAGUGUGGGGAAGUCGAGAAAACCGGCCCCUGCCCCAAAGACCUUCUGAAAGAAAUACUGGGAGUUUCCGCAGAAGCCUCUCCUUGGUCUUAGUUCCCAUCACACCUAAAUUAAUGUAAAUCAUGCACAUAUCUAUUUACUUUCCUGAAAUCUCACAGAAUAAAAGAA